AUGAUCAAGCUUUCAAAAGUCCAUUUUGCUUGUCUCACAGAGUCCUCUCUUGUCCUCUCAGAGUCUGAACUACUUCUCUCCAUCCUGGACUUACUUUCUGUAUUCUUCUUCCCCUCUUCCUCUCUCUUCCCUCCUCCCUUUCUCAUUGCCUCCCCCACUCCUCUUCCCUUUCCUGCUUUUCUCUUGCUUCUCUCUCCCUCCUUCCACUCUUCAUACUCCUCUUCCUCCCUCUUUCUUCAGCCAUGCCCCACUUGGCCAAGUCUUGCUCCUCUCUCCCCAUCAGCAGAAACCUACGUUCGUAGCUUUUCAUCUUUGUCUGCAGCUGCCCCACAGACUAAGGCACCGAGUUUCCUCGAGGUGCGUCUAAACCUGCCAACUCGUGAGGACUUCAGAUCUGGACAUGGAGUGAGGCCUAUCUGGGGCAGAACUGCUCUCUUCCAGAGUUCUCUGCAGCCAGACUGUAACUCAGAUCAGUACCGCCUGCUACGCGUUGAUGCUUCAGGAGAACAACAAUCUAGACUUCAUCAAGGGAGAAGGAGGGGUGCUGGCAGCUGGCACUGCACACCACACAGGCUUAUACACAGAACUGUUCACCAGGGAGAACAGAAGUGGGAACAUUUAUCCAUUGCCCAUCGGCUCCUGCCUCUCGUUGGUCAGGGAUGAUCCCACCAG